AUGAGUGAUCAAGACAAGAAGCCUGUUCUCACCUUCGUCACCGGCAACCCCAACAAGCUUCGGGAGGUGCAGCAGAUUGUGGGCGAUGACUUUAUGUUCCAGCUGCAGAACGUGGCUGUGGAUCUUCCCGAAUAUCAGGGCGAUCCCGCACACGUCGCCGCUGAGAAGUGCAAGGCCGCUUACCAGCAGGUCAAAACACCCGUCAUCGUUGAAGACACCAGCCUCUGCUUCAACGCCCUUGGUGGCCUGCCCGGCGUCUACAUCAAGUGGUUCUUGAAGGGCGUUGGCCACGAUGGCCUGAACAAGAUGCUGGCCGGUUUUGAUGACAAGACCGCAUAUGCACAGUGCAUCUUUGCCUUCCAGCCCGGCGAGGGCGUGGAGCCCCUCCUCUUUAUCGGCAGGACCGACGGCAAGAUUGUGCCUGCGCGCGGGCCGACCCACUUUGGCUGGGACCCCGUCUUCCAGCCCGACGGCUUUCACACCACAUAUGCGGAGAUGGAGAGCGAUGCAAAGAACGCCAUCUCCCACCGCGGACGCGCACUGGCCAAGAUGGCCGAGUUCUUCAAGAGCCACGCACGGGAGGUCUCUGAGCGCAUGACGCUGGAGAAGGACUGGACCACCUCCUAA